AUGAGCUCUCUGCUUUAUCGAUGGUUCAGACGUCCGUCAGUCAAGCACGUCAAGGGACCACCGUCAGCCUCUUUCUGGCUAGGCCACGAACGCGUUCUCCGCAAUCAAGAUGAUGCUGGUGAUCUCGAAACGAAAUGGCAUAGGGAAUAUGGCACACUUUAUCGUGUUGGGGGCUGUUUUGGGCAAGACGUCCUGGUAGUGUGCGACCCCAAGGCUUUCGAACAUAUUUUCCACAAGUCACGACCUUAUCCAAAAUCGAAGGACAUCACCUUCAUCCAGGGUCUCCUCCUUGGUCAGGGGCUUGUCACUGUCGCUAAUGAAACUCACCACCGCCAACGCAAAAUCCUGAAUGCUGCAUUCUCUCUUACGCAGCUCCGAAAAUACGAGGUUAUCUUUCAGCAAUGCUCUGACAAGGUAGGUGCAUCUCUUGUGAACGAGAUCAGGAGAACUGUGACUGGUACAGAUAAAAUCGUCAAUGUCCUUGAUUGGACAAGCAAGGCGACCCUGGACAUAGUUGGGCUAGCCUCUUUCCGGUAUGAUUUUGGUUCGCUCGAUGGUCAAACAACGGAACUAGGGCGAACAAUGAAGCAUCUUUUCACUGCCUCGCAAUCCAAUAUAACGGCACUAGAGCUUAUGCUUAUAGCUCUGAUACGAAUGCUUCCAGAUUGGGUCCUAGGAUUCCUACAGCUGAUCUCUACUCGAGAGACUCGUUUAAUCGUCAGCGUAGGAAAUGCCGCCAAGCAAACUGCCCGAGAGAUCAUGGAUAGCCUGGAUAACAAGGCGCAGACGCCAGGCGAUGACAAAGACGUCGUUAAUCUCCUAGGCGCAGCUAAUGUUCGUGUCAUAUUUCUACUUACCCUUCUUGAUGGCAACCUUUUGUGUUCCAGGACCUUCGUCAUUGCCGGGCACGAGACGUCGAGUACUAGUCUAGCCUGGCUGCUAUACGAACUCGCCGUGCAUCCUAAGCAUCAGUCCAUAAUUCGCGCAGAGCUCAUACAGUCAAACGACUACGACUCGAUGCCAUUCUUGAACGCAGCUAUCAAAGAGGCUCUCCGUCUACACCCAAUUGUACAUUCCUUGAUACGUACCGCUCCUCAUGAUGAUGUCCUCCCUCUUUCAGGAGGUAAAACGCUUGCCAUACCCAAGGGGCAGACUCUCGUUUGCUCCGCUUACCUAUACAACCGUCUGCCGUCUCUCUGGGGAGACGACGCGGAAGAGUGGAACCCCGGCCGGUUUCUUGACAAGACUCUGCCGGUCUCGCUUGGUGUGUACGCUAAUCUGAUGUCAUUUAGUGCUGGAUCUCGUUCGUGUAUCGGGUGGAGAUUUGCCGUCAUGGAAAUUCAAACAGUUCUAGCUAACCUGAUUCUGCACUUCGAAUUCAGUUUGCCCGAGGGAGGAGUCGAGGUCCUACAUUUUCCCGGAACAGGGGUCGUACCCUUUGUGAAGGGGAAAGCACAUUUAGGC